CAGAUUAACAAGGUGGGGUCAGGCUUUAGAGACUCAGAAACUUCAAAGUUCAAACAUCCUAGAAAUCUCCAUCAAACCAUCUACUUGCCCUGUGGGCCUCCAAAGAAAAUGUAUAUUUCCGCAUUAUUACUUUCUUGCUUUCACAUCAAAAUGAAUGGAUCCUUGGUUGUUCAGCAGAUAGGGGAACUUAACUGCUCUAGGACUUAAAGCAGGAGCUUAGGAGCCACAGCCUACAGAUGCUAGUGCUGAUCAAUUUUGCAUGAGAUUAAUUUUUAUCUUCUUAAGGUAUGGCUCUACCGCUUUAUUUAUGGGGAUUUGACCAAUAAUCUUCUAAUUUAAUGCUAUGAAAUUUUGUGGUUGAAUUCCAGAUACAUUGCAUCACUAUCAGAACUCAAAUAUUUUGACAAAUACAGAAAUGAAUAUAUGCCUCACUCCACUAGGUUAAACUUGUGCAAGUUUGUGUAAAUUUUCUGGUAUGGUAGAGGGCAACAGGACAGGGGCUUCAGUCUUUUGCUAACCAAUAACUGCAGGUCAGACUAACCAGAGCUUGCAAUUUAUCUGCUGAAGUUUAUGGAUUUCAGAAUCUCAUAAGGAAGCCACUUAAUGGCAUAAGAAAGCUUGGAUUACUGCUUUUCAUAAGGUUUCGAAAAGGGGCUCCAUCAGAUUAUUUUACCUCAGCCAGUAGGUUUCAUUCAUGAGGAGGGUUCAAUUCCAGCCUUACAAGAAGGCUUUAAAAAGAGGCAAAAAGUGCAGUGAGGCACGGGAAUUGUAGAGAUAGCUUGGGAUGAAAUUAAUGCUUUCACGUGGGAAACGGGCAUAGGAAGAAGGAAGAGGCGUUCGAGUCCCAUUUUUCUAAACCUCUAUGGAAGGUCUUAUCAUAAUUCUUCUUUGCUCCUUUGUGCUGCCUCAUGUAAUUAUAUCUACUACAGUGGACUCCAUAGAUACAACUCACCCCAUCAGAGAUGGUGAGACCUUAGUUUCAGCUAGUGAAAUUUUUGAACUAGGAUUCUUUAGUCCAGGUGGUACCGGCAAGCGAUACUUGGGAAUAUGGUACAAGAAAUCUGUCAAGACUGUUGUAUGGGUGGCCAACAGAGAAGUACCGCUCAAUGAUUCAUCAGGCGUUGCAAAAGUUACCAAUCAGGGAAUUCUUGUCCUUCUGAGUGGUGAGGGCAAAACUAUUUGGUCUUCCCACUCUUCAAGACCUGUGCGUAAUCCAGUUGCACAGCUGCUGGAUUCGGGUAACCUUGUUGUGAAAGAUGAGUGGGACGAAAGCUUCAUAUGGCAGAGCUUUGAUUAUCCAGGUGAUACACUGCUACCAGGCAUGAAGAUCGGAAAGGACUUUGUUACAGGCCUACAUCGUUAUCUAUCAUCGUGGGUGCAUUAUCGUUUGGUACAAGAGGAUACUUGUGACAAUUAUGGAUUAUGUGGUGCAAAUGGUUUCUGCAACAAUAAUAACUCCCCAGUUUGUACUUGCUUAAGUGGAUUUGUGCCAAAAAACAGCGAAGAACGGGAUAAGGACCCAGGGUCAGGUGGGUGCGUAAGAAAGACUCGGCUGAACUGUUCUGGAGAUGGAUUUCAGGAGAUUUCCGGAGUAAAGUUUCCGGACUCAGGACAACCCCCAAGUAACAACAGUAUGAACCUUGAGGAGUGCAACAUCCAGUGCACAAAGAACUGCUCGUGCACAGCUUAUGCUAAUUUGGAUAUAAGAGAUGGAGGAAGCGGAUGCCUGCUCUGGUUCGGUGACCUGAUUGAUAUUAAACACUCCACUGGUAGAGGACAAUCAAUUUAUGUAAGGAUGGCUGGCACAGAACUAGAUCAAACUCAUAGCUCAAGCACAAAUAAAUCCUCUUCGAAGAAAAAGAUGUGGAUUGCAGUGAUCUCUGCAUUCGUUGUUGUGGUGGUCACUGUAGGCAUAGCCCUGGUCCUUUUUCUUGGGAGGAAGAAAAGCCAGAAGAAAAAGGGCUCAAUGCAAGGCCUUUCAGGAAGUAGUAAUAAAUAUAAGGAUCAGAAGGAUGAUUUUGAGUUGCCGUUAUUCGACUUCGCGACAAUUGCUCGUGCUACCAAUAACUUUUCUCCUAUGAAUAAAAUUGGAGAGGGUGGUUUUGGAUCUGUCUACAAGGGUAUCUUGGAGGAUGGACAAGAAAUUGCUGUGAAGAGGCUGUCAAAGAGUUCUACGCAAGGAGACAAUGAGUUUAAAAAUGAAGUUGAUCAAAUUGCAAAAGUUCAGCAUCGAAAUUUAGUGAAGCUUCUAGGUUGUUGCAUUGAAACAGAUGAAAAGGGAUUGAUAUAUGAAUUUAUGCCUAACAAAAGCCUGGACUUCUUUAUAUUUGAUCAAGCUCAAAGCAUGUCAAUGGAUUGGCCUAUGCGCCACAACAUCAUCAAUGGGAUUGCACGUGGCCUCCUUUAUCUUCAUCAAGAUUCCAGACAAAGAAUUAUACAUAGAGAUCUGAAGGCUGCUAAUAUUUUACUAGACAACGAAAUGAAUGCAAAAAUUUCAGACUUUGGUUUGGCUAGAAGUUUUGGGGAGAAACAAACUGCAGCAAAUACAAGCAGGGUGGUGGGAACAUAUGGAUACAUGUCUCCAGAGUAUGCAAUUGACGGGGUUUACUCGAUAAAAUCGGAUGUCUUUAGUUUUGGCGUUUUGGUACUAGAGAUAGCGAGUGGGAAAAGAAACAGAGGAUUCUGUCAUCCAGAUCACCAGCUUAACCUUCUUGGCCAUGCAUGGAGGUUAUUUAAUGAAGGCAAAUCCUUGGAACUGAUUGCUGCACCGAUUAGAGACACUCGGAACUCACAUGAAAUCAUAAGAUCAAUUCAUGUUGGUCUACUAUGUGUGCAACAAAGUCCAGAUGACAGGCCAAGCAUGUCAAAUGUUGUUCUGAUGCUGAGUUCCAAAGACCCUUUGCCUCAGCCUAAACAACCAGGUUUCUUCCAUGAGAGGGAUCUGGUUGAAUUUAGUUCCUCAUCAAGCAGUCAAAAAAAAUUUUUGACAAGUAAUUUCACUAUAACAGUAUUAGAUGCAAGAUAAAUGACAAGUUCAUGUUAACAUUCUACAAAUGCUCAAGGCAUACCUUACCACAUCUCUUCUUUAAAAAGGUCCCCCCAAGUUCAAAAUUUCCUUCCCCAACUAUACUACCGAAAUGGCAACACGAUAGUUUCAGCAGGUGGAAGGUUUGAGCUUGGAUUCUUUAGUCCAGGUGCAAGCAGGAAGAAAUACUUGGCAAUAUGGUACAAGCAAAUACCUGUCAAGACUGCUGUAUGGGUGGCCAACAGAGAACUGCCCCUCAACGAUUCAUCAGGUUUUCUGAAACUUACCAAGCAGGGAAUUCUAGUCCUUCUGGAUCGUAAUAGGAGAACUGUUUGGUCUUCAAACUCAUCUAGACCCGCUCGAAAUCCAGUUGCACAGCUCUUGGAUUCAGGAAACCUCAUUGUGAGAGAGGAGAAUGACAGCAAUCCUGAAAACUAUCGUUACCUGUCAUCCUGGAAGAGUCCUGACGAUCCUUCUCACGGUAAUUUUACAUAUCGGUUUGAGGUUGGUGGAUUUCCAGAACUUAUACUGAGAGAGGGUUCAGUUGUUCGAUUCCGUCCUGGCCCUUGGAAUGGUCUGCGGUUUAGUGGCACACCUGAACUAAGACCAAACAAAUUUUUCACAGUUAGUGUUGUGAUCAAUGAGACGGAGGUAUAUGACACCUAUGAGCUUCAUAAUAGCACAAUUCUUUCAAGGAUGGUGUUAAGUCAGAAUGGACUUUGGGAGCGCCUCACUUGGACUGAUAGAACCCAGAGUUGGGAAGUUUUUGUUAUAGUACAAAUGGAUAACUGUGACAAUUAUGCACUGUGUGGUGCGUAUGGUAGCUGCAAUGCAAGUAACACCCCAGAGUGCAGUUGCUUGAAAGGAUUUGUGCCGCAAUUUCCCAAAAAUUGGGACGCUAAAAAUUGGUCAAAUGGGUGUGCUAGAAAGACCCCAUUGAACUGCUCCACUGAUGGAUUUCUAAAGUUCUCUGGCGUGAAGUUGCCAGAUUCACGAAAAUCCUGGUUUAACUACAGUAUGACUCUUGAGGAAUGCAAGAACCUCUGCACAAAAAACUGUUCAUGUACAGCUUACUCAAAUAUCGAUAUAAGAGAUGGAGGAAGUGGAUGCUUGCUUUGGUUUGUGGACCUGGUUGACAUUCAACAAUUCACUGAAAAUGGACAAGAAAUAUAUAUUAGGAUGGCUGCAUCAGAACUAGAUCAAAUAGAGAGUAUCAAAUCCAAGGAGAAAGAAAGAGUCAGAGUUGCAUUCGUCUGUGUGUUGACUGCAGCAGUGUUGAUAGUUGGCCUAUCCUUGGUGUUGUAUCUUUGGAGGAAGCGAUACCAUGAGAAACCUGGAUUGCUGACAUAUGUCCCUGAAAGCAGCUCCAAUGUUAAAAAUCAGAAUGAAGAUUUAGAGUUACCCUCAUUUGACUUAGCCGCAAUUGUUUUUGCAACCGAUAACUUUUCAAUGAAGAAUAAACUGGGAGAAGGCGGUUUUGGAGCUGUCUAUAAGGGGAUCUUGAAGGAUGGACUAGAAAUUGCGGUAAAGAGGCUAUCUAAGAGUUCUGGACAAGGACUUGAUGAGUUCAAAAAUGAAGUCAUACAUAUUGCAAAACUUAAGCAUCGAAAUUUAGUGGAGCUUUUAGGAUGCUGCAUACAGGGGGAUGAAAAGAUGUUGAUCUAUGAAUUUAUGCCUAACAAAAGCCUGGACUUCUUAAUUUUUGAUGAAACUCAAAGCAUGUCACUUGAUUGGCCUAUGCGCUACAACAUUAUCAAUGGGAUUGCUCGUGGCCUCCUUUAUCUCCAUCAAGAUUCAAGACAAAGAAUAAUACAUAGAGAUUUGAAAGCUGCUAAUGUUCUGCUAGACAGUGAAAUGAACCCCAAAAUUUCAGACUUUGGCCUGGCUAGAAGUUUUGGAGAUAAGGAAACUGAGGCAAAUACAAGGAAAGUGGUGGGAACAUAUGGAUACAUGGCACCCGAGUAUGCAAUUGAUGGUCUCUACUCCAUUAAGUCUGAUGUCUUUAGCUUUGGUGUAUUGGUGCUAGAGAUAGUGAAUGGGAAUCGUAACAGAGGAUUCUGUCAUCCAGAUCACCAGCUUAACCUUCUUGGGCAUGCAUGGAGAUUGUUUGCUGAAGGAAAAUCAUUUGAAUUGGUUGCAUCAGCAAUUAGGGACACCGGCAAUGCUUCUGAAGUGUUAAGAUCAAUUCAUGUAGGCCUGUUAUGUGUGCAACAUAGUCCAGAAGAUAGGCCAAACAUGUCUAAUGUGGUUAUGAUGUUAGGAAGUCAAGGACCUUUGCCCCAGCCUAGACAACCAGGUUUCUUCAAUGAAAGGGAUCUGGUUGAUCAAUCAAGUUCUUCAUCAGCCAGCCAGAAACUUUUAUCAUCUAAUGAUUUCACCAUUGGGAUGUCAGAAGCAAGAUAAAUAAAUUUUCAGGUUAAUUUUGCCUGCCUAGUGAACUCUUAGAAGUUAGAAUUCAUUGCUGUGUAACUGAAGUAUAUUCAAUGUCUUUGAAGCCUGUUAGUUUAUCCUAAUGUGUUUUUUCAUGC